ACUUGACAUGACUUGACCUUCGAUUCUGCAUCUUCCUCUCUACUCCUCAACAACUUCCAACAAUGUCGUUCCAGCGUGUCGGAUUGCGCUUCGCGCAGCAGCUACGCGGCUCUGCUCCUCGUUCCACCCUCCGAACUGCCCUCCAGCGACGAUUCGACAGCAGCGCUGCCCAUGCACCACCUCCAGGCCAAGCAGGACGCAAGUUGGUCGGCACCCAGGACAAUGCUUUCAACCGGGAAAGAGCUGCGGUCAAGGCGCACGCCGCUGCUACCAGUGACCUUUGGCGUAGACUCUCAAUUUAUGUUGUUGUCCCCUGCCUAAUCCUCGGGGCCAUCAAUGCCUAUAACCUGUGGACCGAGCAUUGGGAACACUGGAAGCAUCUUCCUCCCCUAGAGGAGCGAAUUGAAUACCCCUACCAAAACCUCCGGACAAAGAACUUCUUCUGGGGAGAUGGUGACAAGACCAUCUUCUGGAACGACAAGGUCAACUACCACAAGAAGGACAAGCAGACCUAGAUAUUACGCAAGAGACAAUUUUUGGCGGCUCGAAUGUUGAUGUCCCGUCUAUGUAUAUAUGGAGUUGAGCAGGAGCACGCACGAACAAAUUCGU